CUGUCCAACGUUGUGUUCAAUGAGCCCAGCCAGAUUUCCCAGAGUCAGCGAGAGCAGAGAGACGAGCGAAGAGCAAGAGCGAAGACUCACAGAAGCGGAUUUGAGGAUGAAUCUUGUGUGAGAGGUGCCGGUUACAACCAGCAAAACAUUUUCAAGGCAGAGCCCGACGCAGAGCAGACCAGUACUCAGAGCCAGGACCAGCACAGCCCUCUCCGAACUGGAGACCCUCUCCCCGCAACAUCCCUCGCCUCCACCACGUGCCCACUUCAGUGAAAUGUAUCCUGAAGAGAGCCGGGGGUCCGGAGGGGUAGCCACUGUGGACUUCCUGGAAGGGACAUACGACUACGCUGCGCCCACCCCUGCCCCGACUCCUCUCUACAGCCACUCCACCCCGGGCUACUACUCUGCUCCCCUGGACUCCCACAGGCCGCCCUCAGACGGCAGCCUGCAGUCCCUGGGUAGUGGGCCCACCAGUCCCAUAGUGUUUGUGCCCUCCAGCCCCAGACUCAGCCCCUUCUUGCCCCCACCCGGCCACCACUAUUUGGAAACCACCUCGACGCACGUCUACAGUGUACCAUCCAGUCAGCAGUCAGUGUCCAGAGAGGAGCAGUGCGCCACCAGCGACGAGUCGUACAGUCUGGGGGAGUCAGGGGCCGGAGCGGAGGCCGGGGGCUUUGAGAUGGCCAAAGAGACGCGUUUCUGUGCCGUGUGCAGCGACUAUGCCUCAGGGUACCACUACGGGGUGUGGUCCUGUGAGGGCUGCAAGGCCUUCUUCAAGAGGAGCAUCCAGGGUCACAAUGACUAUAUGUGCCCAGCGACCAAUCAGUGUACUAUUGACAGGAAUCGGAGAAAGAGCUGCCAGGCUUGCCGUCUUAGAAAGUGCUAUGAAGUGGGCAUGAUGAAAGGAGGUGUGCGCAAGGACCGCGGCCGUGUACUGCGGCGGGACAAGAGACGCACUGGCCUCAGUGACCGAGACAAGGCCUCUAAGGACCUGGAGCACAGGGCGGUGCCCUCUCAGGACGGAAGGAAGCGCAGCAGCAGCAGCAGCGGCGGCGGCGGCAGCGGCGGUGGCAACGGCAGCAGCAGCGGCGGCGCUUGCGGUGGAGGAAAGUCGUUCCUGACCAGCAUGCCUCCUGACCAGGUGCUUCUGCUGCUCCAGUGUGCCGAGCCACCGAUACUGUGCUCUCGUCAGAAGCUGAACCGACCCUACACCGAGGUCACCAUGAUGACCCUGCUCACCAACAUGGCUGAUAAGGAGCUGGUCCACAUGAUCGCUUGGGCCAAGAAGCUUCCAGGUUUCCUGCAGCUGGGCCUCCACGACCAGGUGCAACUGCUGGAGAGCUCGUGGCUGGAGGUGCUGAUGAUCGGGCUCAUCUGGAGGUCCAUCCACUGCCCCGGAAAACUCAUCUUCGCACAGGACCUGAUCAUCGACAGAAACGAAGGCGACUGCGUCGAGGGCAUGGCGGAGAUCUUCGACAUGCUGCUGGCCACCGCUUCCCGCUUCCGCUUGCUCAAACUCAAACCGGAGGAGUUCGUCUGCCUCAAAGCGAUCAUCUUGCUUAACUCCGGAGCCUUUUCUUUCUGCACAGGCACGAUGGAGCCCCUCCACGACACCGCAGCGGUUCAGCACAUGCUGGACACCAUCACAGACACGCUCAUACAUCACAUCAGCCAAUCAGGUUGCUCGGUGCAGCAGCAGUCGAGACGGCAGGCCCAGCUGCUCCUCUUGCUCUCCCACAUCAGACACAUGAGCAACAAAGGCAUGGAGCAUCUCUACAGCAUGAAGUGCAAGAACAAAGUGCCCCUGUACGACCUGCUGCUCGAGAUGCUGGAUGCUCACCGCCUCCACCGGCCAGACAAAGCAGGUGAGCCGUGGCUCCAGGCUGACGGAGAGCCUCUCUUCUCCACCACCAUGAACAGCAGCAGCAGCAGCGGCGCCAGCGGCGGCGGCGGCGGCUCCUCCUCCGGUGGCUCCUGUGCAGGACCCCGAGUUGCCCACGAGGUUCCGAUCAGAGCCCCCACAGUCCUGCAGUACGGAGGGUCCCCUCCUGAUUGCACCCACGUCUUAUGAGACGGAGCACAGCAAGGGUCAUCCGGAGGUCACAGAUACGCGUCGUGCCUAAUGAGAGGGACAUGUAAUGGUUGUAUUUUAAUUCAUUUCAUGAGAUAAUUAUUUAUAAAUUUCUGUGAUUUUAUAGUUAAAGCUGUAUAUUUUUCCCUUGCAGUCCUCAAUUCACUAAAAUCUGCGCGUAAAUGCAGUUAAUCUUUUAUACUGUGACUUUGAGUCGGCUUCUUAUUAUUAAAACGGCAGGUGUGAAGUCACGUUGUGGCACUCUGUUUGCUUUGAAGUGACGAGCAGCUGAUAUAUUUUUAUUUGCCUUGACCAAAGUGCACUUCCUCUGUGUUAAGAGGCUAUUGUGCUUUAUUUUUAUUUUUACAUAAUAAGAAUGAUUAUGUACUUAACUAUGAUAAAACCAGAUUAAAUAACUAAUUUAUUUUGUGUUUAAAUUACAAUAUGUUAACCACUUAACAUCAGGUAUUGUGCGCACACAAAUUUAAAAUGACAUGUAAAUCCUUCUAAUGAUGAAAUAAGGGUGAAUUGUGAAAUGAUCAGUGACAAAGGAUAUAUUUUAAUUAGCCAAAGAUUGUCCCCAUAGCAACAGCUUUUUGCUUGUAAUUAGUUUGUUCUUUAUGCUUACCAGCACCAGGUUUUUUUCUGACUUUGCCUUAAUUAUGUGUUUGUGUGGCGCAGAGAAGUUGCUCCACUCUGAUUUCUUGCAUAGAUUCUUGACUUAAUGCAGUUAUUUCAAACCUACAACCUGUUCAUCCACUAGUUACAUUUAGACUGGCUGGAUUUAAACACCUAAUGUGAGUGCCCAUAUGAGAUUGUUUUUUAUUUCUGUUUAAAUGGACACAUGUAUCAGAUUGUCUAGAACAUAUUGACUGUCAAGGAACUGCAACCUCACUAUUUGGCAUUUUUGCUUGAAAAAUGACUAAUUGCCAAAUAGUUCUUGAACAUAUUCCUCUGAAAUUGAUUUGUUGUUAAAGCCGUCCCCUUUAGCAACCUGGACGUUAAGUCAGGUAUGUUGCUAGGAAAGAAAUACUUGAGAAAAAGAGGACAAAAGUGUAGUUUCAAGUCGUGAAUCUGGGGUUUGUGCCACUAAGACAAUACAUAGAAGUAAAUGAUAAUAAUUCAAGUCCAGGCAGGUCGAACUGACAUGUCACUGGUGUACUGUCCAUACAAAUAAAAGCGUGGGGAAAAUA